CGGAAAUGCUAGGUUGAUGUUAAAUUUUCUGGCACUGUCAAAAUGUCACAAAAUGCUCACGUUUUCUUGACUACUAUGUGUCUCUCGGUGGCUAUAUACAUUAUACAGACAUAUGCUAUAGACAAGGGAACAUAUCUGAAACAUCGAGAAGCCAUACUGAACAAAGAAAGGAUGGAAAUAACCGGAGGAGAAAUUGCACUUUCUGCCGAUGAGUCAAAGGUCAAUCAAAUUUUGAUGACAUUCAAAAUAAAAGAAAUAGAAUAUGGAAAACAGAAUAAUCUAUUUCCACCUGCUAUGCACUUCUUCAAAGCUAAACCUCUUAUUGAGAAAAGUGAUGUUUUCCGUAUUAUAAAAGCAAUGCCUAAGGGUGCAGCGCUACACUUACACGAUGUAUCUCUAUGUGAUAUAGACUGGCUAAUAAAGAAUGCUAGCUACUUGCCACACGUAUAUGUCUGUCAGGAAGAAGGCGCCAGUAUGAGGCUGCAUUAUUUUGAUAAACCUGCCACAGACUGCUAUUGGACACCUUUAAAAGACUGGAGGAGUAAAUAUGGGAAAGAUGUUGUUGACCAAUGGUUACUAGGAAACAUGACACUACUUGUAGAUGACCCUGUUAAAGCCUACCCAAACAUUGACGCAGUCUGGAAAAAGUUUUUAGACACUUUAGGGGUGGCCGACGGCCUUAUAUUCUAUGCUCCAAUUUACAAGGCAUAUUAUUAUCAAGCUUUACAAGAAUUUUAUGAUGACAAUGUGCAAUAUAUAGAAGUGCGUACUUUACUGAGUAAUGUGUAUGAACUAAAUGGUACGAUACAUGACAAGGAAUGGGUGUUGAAGGCUUACAUAGACACUCUUCACCAGUUCAUGAAGGACCACCCAGAUUUUAGUGGCUCAAAAACUAUAUACUCCAACACAAGGUUCAUUGAGCCUAGUGCAGUACAAGAUGAUAUUAAUCUAAGUAUAAAGUUCAGGAAUAAAUAUCCUGAUCAUUUUGCUGGUUAUGAUUUGGUAGGACAAGAAGACCCAGGCUUCCCACUGACCUAUUAUCUUGACCAGCUUUUGAGUCCAUCUCAGAUGAGCCCCCCUGUUGACUUGCCUUAUUUCUUUCAUGCAGGGGAGACAGACUGGUAUGGUACUGCUGUAGACAUCAACAUUAUAGAUGCUCUCUUGUUGAAUACUAGCCGUAUAGGGCAUGGUUAUGCAAUAAACAAGCACCCAGAAGCUCUGCGUAUGGCCAGAGAGUCUAACACACCUAUUGAAGUCAACCCAAUCUCAAAUCAGGUUCUAGGAUUGGUGACAGACCUUCGCAACCACCCUGCCUCUAGUCUCAUGGGGGAGGGGUUUCCCAUGGUAAUCAGUUCAGAUGACCCUGGUGUGUGGGGAGCAAGGGCAUUAUCAUAUGAUUUCUACGAGGCCUUUAUGGGACUUGGCGGGGAAUUUGCAGACCUGAAAACCUUAAAAAAGUUAGCCAUAGACUCUCUACAUUACAGUGCGAUGAACUUAGCAGAGAAACAAGACGCAAUGCGCCUGUGGCAGAAGAAAUGGGACAUGUUCAUCCAAUCCAUGCUUCAAGAAUAUGGCAACCUUAUCAAAUGACCUACAGAGAAAGAGGAUACACACCAGCGAAUGUUUCAUCAUAUACUGAAUGAAAUUUAUUUCUUGCUUCAGUCUUGGCUUCUGUUUUUUGAUUAUCUGUUCAAAGGGUAAAACAAUACAUCAGUGAAUGUUUCAUCAAAUACCUAAAUGAAAUUUAUUUCUUGCUUCAAUCUUGGCUUCUAUUUUUUGAUUUUCUGUUCAAAGCAUAGAACAUAUUGAGAAACGACAAAUAAUGUUUCGCUUAUUCAUGUUCAUUUUGAUGACUUAAUUUAGAGGUGAGAAAAUGAAGAUGAUUUAGACUAGGGCAAAUCAAUUGUUUUGUUUUUUUUGUAUUUCUGUGUCCUGUCAAUUUUAAACUACCUCUUGAGAAGGGCCAUUCUGCAUUUAUGAACAUCAUGAUUUAAACAUAUGUUAUAUACAUGUACACUUUUAUUUGACUGAAAUCUUUGCCAUAUUAGGCAAAAUGAGACAUGUUUUUAGGGUAUGGUACAUGUAGAAAUAAAAAGGUCUCAUUCCCACAUCCUUCUAGGAAAAAAUAAUAGCAAAUAUCUGAAUCCAAUUAUACCCUAGCCUUAUGUGGCUAUGUAUUUCUUAAAUUAUUUUACAUUGUAAUUUGAUGCUAUUUAAUUUCAUGUUUUCACCAUUUCUUGACAUUUUUUGCAAAAAUUGCUUGAAUUCCUAGGCAUGGAAUAACAUUGCAAACAUGGAUUUGAAUUGACGAUCUUGUACCGCAGUGUUGAAUCAUCAAUCACCAAUUCAAGCAAUUGCCAGAUUUAAGCAAUUUACACCUCAUCUCAUAGAAUUGAGACUGUAUGUGUUUUUGCAGCUUUAAAUAGUCUUGUAUCGAGCCUGGUCACCUCACAUUAACUUUCUCAGUCCCAGUAUUAUAUUGAGAAUGGGGAUGGGGGUUAAGUAGGGGCAUGAUGCAAGAUUCAAGUUUUCAAUUAUGAUCAGGGUAAAAGAUUUAUAUUUUAUGUCAUUUAAAUAUAUACCCAGGUAAAAUAUAGUGUAAUUUCUUAAAUGUAUUAUAUGCUCAUGAAGAUCAUGUAACAUGGAGCCUUUAAAAGAACACUGUUAUUCCGCCAAAAAAUCAUAGUGAAUCCAGAUCACCUUUAAAAUUGACAAUUUGAAGGUGAUCAGAAUUCACCUUAGGUUGUUCAAGGGCUUAUUUAAUACCUGGGGCUUAGUUGUGUACCAAACGAAACGAGAAACGGCACGAAAUCCGGGGCUUUGUUUUGUCUUCAUUAGAUAAUGGUGUAUA